CGUUGUGAAAAGUAAACGCGACAUGUCCGCGGCUGGUCUUUUAGCGGGAACUGAAGACGCCGUGGACAGAGACGAGGAAGCGACACAGAGCUCUCACACUCGACAUAUUUCCGGGAAGCAAAAAAAAAACAAACCCAUGCGAGGUGAGAGUGACUCCUCUCGGCUCUAGACGAUCUUCCUCUCGACUCUAGUCGACCUUCAUCGGAAACAGCCGAACGUUCUGCUUCCCGUCUGUUGCCACGACAACACUUAACAACACCACCUGAAAUCCAAACCUGGACACGGCCAAGAGCAAAAACGCUAUACUGAAUCCUGCGGUAAAUUCACGGUGCUUUCUGGGGAGAUAACCCGUGUGAAAAUAAAUCCUUCCCCAGGGCAACAAUGAGCCAACGACAGAUCAUUCAAGUUUUUGAGCAGUAUCAGAAAUCAAGGAUGCAGUUUGUGCAAACUGUCGCUGAUCUGGCAGCCAGGCCCCAAAACAUAGACAUCCUUCACAGUGCUGGUGUGAUGUCAAUGCUGCGUCCCCUGAUGCUGGACGUGGUCCCCGGCAUCCAGCAGACGGCAGCUUUGGCUCUGGGCCGCCUGGCAGACCACAGCGAUGACCUGGCCGAGGCAGUGGUGAAGGAAGACAUCCUGCCCCAACUGGUCCACUCUUUGGCCUCACACAAUAGGUUCUAUAAGAAGGCAGCAGCGUUUGUGAUGCGUGCAGUCGCCAAACACUCCCCCGAGCUGUCCCAGGCUGUGGUGGCCUGCGGGGGAGUUGAUGCCCUGGUUCUCUGCCUGGAGGAGUUUGACCCCGGGGUGAAGGAGGCAGCCGCCUGGGCUCUCGCCUGCAUCGCACGACACAACGCAUCGCUGGCCCAGACGGUGGUGGACGCGGGUGCUGUCCCCCUGCUGGUGUUGUGUCUCCUGGAGCCUGAGAUGGCCCUCAAACGCAUCGCAGCUUCCACCCUCAGCGACAUCUCCAAGCACACGCCGGAGCAGGCCCAGACCGUGGUGGACAAUGGUGCCAUCGCCCACCUGGCACAGAUGAUCCUCAACCCAGACCCCAAACUCAAGAGGCAGGUGUUCUCAGCCCUCAGUCAGAUCAGUAAGCACUCGGUCAGCCUGGCGGAGAUGGUGAUAGAGGCUGAGAUCUUCCCUGCAGCUGUAGUCUGCCUCAGAGAUCCAGAUGAGUAUGUCCGGAAGAACGUCGCCACCCUGUUGAGGGAGGUGGUGAAACACACACCAGAGCUGUCCCAGGUGAUUGUGAAUUGUGGUGCCAUCACAGAAGUGAUUGACUAUCUUGGUGCUUGCCGUGGAAACCUGCGCUUGCCGGCGAUCAUGAUGCUGGGAUAUGUGGCAGCUCACACUGAGAACCUUGCCAUGGCUGUCAUUGUGUCCAAGUUGGCCCUGUGUCUGUCCGAAGAACCUGAACAUCACAUCAAGGCAGCCGCAGCCUGGUCCAUUGGCCAGAUAGGUCAUCACACCCCUGAGCACGCCAAGGCAGUGGGCACAGCUAACCUGCUGCCCAAACUGCUGGAGCUCUACAUGGACGCCAGCAGCUCUGAGGACCUGCAGGCCAAGAGUAAGAAGGCUCUGAAGAGCAUCCUGCAGAAGUGCACCUACAUCCCAGCUCUGGAGCCCCUCCUCUACGAUGUACCAAGCAACAUCCUCAAACAUGUAGUCUGCCAGUUCAGCAAGGUGCUGCCCCAUGACCCUAAGGCUCGCCGUCUGUUUGUGACCAGCGGGGGUCUGAAGAAAGUGCAAGAGAUCCAGGCCGAGCCCGGCUCCCCUCUACAGGAGCACAUCAACGCUAUCAACAGCUGUUUCCCUGAAGAGAUAGUCAGGUACUACUCCCCUGGCUACUCAGAGGUCUUGCUGGAGCGGCUGGAGAGCUACCAGCCAGCCUGACAUCAGUUCACACUACACAUCCUGUUGAAAUGUUAACAUGAAGAUGUACCAUGCAUACACAGUAAAUACAAGAUGUUUUUUCAAAAAACUGUUUUCCAUAUUUUAUAUUGCGUUUGUGUUGUCACUUUUAAAUGCAUGUUGAUUGCAACUGCAGCUUGUAUUUAGACAGAUUUAGACAGUAUAUACAAAUAUUGUCACACUGUAAGAGACCUUCAAGAUAAAAUAAAAGAACAACAGCCC